GUGAUUAAUGCGUCUUCAUUUAAAACACAAAAGACCGGGCGCCUUGGACUCUAGAGACUGCUUCAUUAUAAUUAAUGUCUCCUGUUCCUCGUGCACCCAGAGGUCGCGAAUAGCUCCGUCCUGCGCCCACUGAUCUCUGAAGAUCUGACACGAGAAGGAUCUCGCUGGCUAGUGCAAUCUGACAAGAUCUGUAAUACUUGGGUGAUGAAUCGUUCCAAACUUUUUUGACGAUGCUGGCAGCUCGGGGGUGUGCGCAUGUGCGAAGGUGUCCAAACUGACAAUGCUGGAGAGAUAGUGCGUCUGGGAUUGAGAAUCACAGAGAAAAAGGACAAGAGGAAAAUAGAAAAAGGAGGAAAAGAUUCGAGAAAAAAUCCUACAAACCCACGCCGAGAGACGGGCAUCAUGAGGUCCAAAGGCAGGGCAAGGAAACUGACCACUGGAGAUGGAGAGGACCUCUCUCUUUUCGCCUCUGAUGACCUGGAAGAAGUUGGCGGAGUGUCUGAUGCAGAUCGAGCCACACUGGCCACUGCAAAUGACCUUCCGUCCCCUGGCCUAUCAGGUGAUGCGCUUUCCCCAAUUGACCAGUCCCCCUUCCACCCAUCAUUCCACACUUCAGUGUACCUGGCCGGGGAUGGGGUCGAAUCGGUGCCCCCAGACUUUGAGGUCCGCGAGUCAGCCGUCACCAGAGGAACCCUGGGCAUCUGGAGCCGGAGGAGACUGGAGGUGGGAGAACGUCUCGGACCCUAUGAGGAAACGUCAAGAUACAGCCCAGAAAAUGCCACCCAGGCAUGGGAGGGCGAGCGGACAGGUUUGGAUGGGAGCGUGUGUGAUAGCAGGAGCUGGCUAAGGCACGUUCAGAUCUCUCCAUCCACCCACCAACACAACCUCACAGCCUGCCAGAUACAUGAGCAGAUCUUUUACCGUGUGGUCCGAGAGGUCCAGCCAGGUGAAGAACUCUUACUGUUCAUGAAGGCUGAGGAUUUUUCAUGUGAGACCAUGGCUCCAGACAUACACGAGGAGCGUCAAUACCGUUGUGAGGACUGUGACCUGAACUUUGAGUCUGGUUCAGAGCUUUUGGACCAUCAGAAGCAUGCGUGUGGUACCCCACCGUCCUCUGGCUUCAAGCUGUCUAAGCAGGGUCUGGCCAGCGCCGUGGACGAUCCUGAUCUUGACCCGCUGCACUUACACACUCACCCCCUGAACUUACCCCGCUCCCCACAGGAGUGUAAGGAGUGUGAGCAGGUCUUUCCUGAUGCCCAGAGUCUGGACACUCACUCAUUGUCUCACUCCGAUGAGAGGGAAUAUAAAUGUGAUCAGUGUCCGAAGGCAUUCAACUGGAAAUCAAACCUGAUUCGCCACCAGAUGUCACAUGACAGCGGCAAGCAUUAUGAAUGUGAAAACUGCUCAAAGGUGUUCACAGACCCCAGUAACUUGCAGAGGCAUAUUCGCUCUCAGCAUGUAGGGGCGAGAGCUCACGCCUGCCCCGACUGCGGCAAGACCUUCGCCACCUCCUCGGGCCUUAAACAACACAAACACAUCCACUCUUCCGUCAAGCCCUUCAUAUGUAAGUCACUCAGACCCUUCAUAUGUGAGGUCUGCCACAAAUCUUACACGCAGUUCUCCAAUCUGUGCCGCCACAAGCGAAUGCACGCAGACUGUCGCACUCAGAUCAAGUGCAAAGACUGCGGCCAGAUGUUUAGCACCACGUCAUCCCUAAACAAGCAUCGGCGCUUCUGCGAGGGUAAAAACCAUUUUGCUGCUGCUGCGGGAGGAUUGUUUGCCCAGGGCAUGGCGCUACCUGGCACCCCUGGCCUGGACAAAUCCGCACUGGCUGGAAUGAGCCAUGGGAGUCCUGGUUUAGCAGACUAUUUUGGGACAAACCGGCACCAUGGUGGGCUGACAUUCCCAGCAGCCCCUCCGGCAUUCCCAUUCAGUUUUCCAGGACUUUUCCCAUCAGGACUUUACCACCGGCCCCCUCUAAUCCCAUCCACGUCACCUAUUAACGGCCCUCCGAGUGGUGAACUACGAAAGAGUCCACUGCUGUCUUCACCUAUCUCUGGGUCACAUGACCUCAUGAAGAGUUUACGCAAGGAUUCAUUCAACGGGGAGAGCGAGAGCAUGGUGCAUCAAAGGGAAGGAUCCGUCUCCAAACCAAGGCACGGCGGGAAGAUGAGCGACCAGUCAGAGAGUAGCGAUCUGGAUGACGUCAGCACUCCGAGUGGGAGUGAGCUGGAAAGCACUUCAGAUUCAGAGUUGGACAGCGAAGCUGAAAGCGACCGGGAACGGGUGCGAGUGCGGGAGAAUGGGAAAGGACUGAAAAGGAAGUCAAGUGGGUUCAAAGAUGCCCAAAGCCCAACUCUUGUCGGCUCUAGUAGUAGUAGCAACACCAAUAACGGAAAAGACUUCCCUGUGCCGGGGCCCCUCCCGCCAUCUUUGGAUGAGCAAACGGCUGUUUCCGGUGCCGUAAAUGACUCGAUCAAGGCAAUUGCCUCCAUUGCUGAGAAAUACUUUGGUUCUACUGGACUUGCAGGCCUGCAAGAUAAAAAAGUUGGGGCAUUGCCAUACCCUUCCAUGUUCCCUCUGUCUUUUUUCCCUGCCUUCUCUCCAUCAGUCUAUCCUUUCCCAGAAAGGGAGCAACAUAGACCUCCAGGCCACAAAAGGGAGCCAGAAAGCCCUCUGGUUGAAGGUAAAAAACCUCAGGGCAGGAACGCUGAAUCACCUUUUGACCUCACCACAAAACGGAAGGAAGAACGUCUUGCCACUACUUGCGCCCCUUUGAAACCGGAAGCCUCACAUGUACAAUCAACCAAUCAGGAUCAACCGCUGGACCUGAGUCUCGGUGGACGAAGUCGAGGAAAGAGCGUAAGAGGGGAGGAGUUAAAAAAGAACCCUGUCUUUGGUGAGGAGAGGGUGGAACCGGAACCACCCAAGGCCGACCCAUCCCUCCAACACGCAAGACCUACGCCUUUCUUCAUGGAUCCCAUUUACAGCAGGGUUGAGAAGAGAAAGAUGAACGAUCCUUUCGAAGUCCUCAAGGACAAGUAUAUGCGGCCGGCUCCUGGAUUUCUCUUCCACCCACAGUUUCGCAUGCCUGAUCAGAGAACAUGGAUGUCGGCGAUUGAAAACAUGGCUGAAAAGCUGGAAUCCUUUGGCUCUUUGAAGCCAGACGGUGGUGACAUCAUGCGUUCCAUUCCCUCCAUGUUCGACUUCCGGGCUCCGCCCACCACCCUUCCUGAGACACUGUUACGCAAAGGCAAAGAGCGCUACACCUGCAGAUACUGUGGCAAGAUAUUCCCACGCUCUGCCAACCUUACAAGACAUCUACGGACACACACAGGAGAGCAGCCUUACAGAUGUAAGUACUGCGAUCGUUCGUUCAGUAUUUCGUCCAAUCUUCAGCGUCACAUCCGUAACAUCCAUAACAAAGAGAAACCCUUCAAAUGCCAUCUUUGUGACCGCUGCUUUGGGCAACAAACCAACCUGGACCGGCACCUCAAAAAGCACGAGAAUGGUAAUUUAUCAGGCACAGCAAUGUCGUCGCCCCGUUCAGAGCUGGACAGUGGCAGUGCCAUCUUGGAGGACAAGGAGGACUCCUAUUUUAACGAAAUACGAAACUUCAUCAGUAACACGACACGGAACGCCACUUCUCCGUCACACUCCGAGGAAGGGCUGAACGGCAGUCAUUUUGAUGGCGACAAAGCCCUGCCUGGUAAGGGGUCACAUGACCUGAAUGAAGAAGAGGGGGAGGAGCUCGGAGCAGAGGAAGAGGAGGCGGAGCAUAGCGACAGUGCCAGGAAACCCAGCGAGGAUGGCGUGCCCAGCAGUCUGGAUCACGACAUAAACGAUGACAUCGAUUUCGAGGGACCAGAUGAUCUCGAGAUGAACAGCAAAUCCUCGCCACAAAGGUUUAAUGAGGAAGAGGACGAUGAAGAUCACAGCAGUUUCUCCACGCUGGAUCACAUCCGUCACUUUAGUAUGGAGGAUGGAGACCUCAGCGACAAUGAUGUCACCAGCUUUGGCCCCACCCACCUGCAAGAGGGCAUCAAGCAGCCACUAUACAGGAAAUCUAAAUCACAGGCAUAUGCUAUGAUGCUGUCCUUAGCUGAUAAGGAUCCACUCCAUUCGUCUACCCAUAAUGCCCCGAUGUGGCACAGCUUGGCCCGCGCUGCAGAACCCAGCGCCAUUCAGUCUCUAAGUCACGUAUGACACACCCAUGUACCAUGUGACCUAUCUUAACAUUGUGCUAGACUACCGCCAGAGUCCCUGGUCCACACUCACGCCUGCACAAGUGCCCAAAUCCUCAUUCACUUCCACCACACACACAACCAGACCCUGUGCAUAGCAGCUCACUGUCCCGCAUACAUCAACAAAUGAUUGACUGACUGUUUGAUUGACUUAUUGAUUAGUAGGAAUGACAAUAGUGUCAGAAAUUUUGAUGGUGAUGAUGAAGACGAUGAUGACAAUAGUAGUAAGACAUAAUAAUAAUAAUUGUAUUUAUUGUCAAGUUCCAAUGUUUUGCACAGCAGUGGCAGCUGGUGAACAGUUUUUGAGAUUGCUAAUGAAACGUCGGUGUCAUGUUCGUGAGUUUUGUCCGCUAAAACCGAUGGUUACUAAGAGUAACAAAUAAAAGUCUUCCACAAGACGAAUGUGAUCACAGACUAUUCAGGCACAACCGCUUACCGGCCUGUAAAUAUCUUUAGAAUUACCGCCAUCACACAUGCAAACACAAAUAAACUCAAAUACAGACGCAAAACAAACGUGUGUUUUUCAAACAUUCUUUUAGGUCUUGUACAGAAACGUACAAGUUUACAAACUUAUGUGAGGGGUCGUGGGGUUAGUGUUUCUCUUUUAAGAUAUUCUCCAGGAGUUUGUAAAUUUGAAAACUUAACAGAUACACAUAAAAGGUGUGACCUUUAGACCUCUCAUUGACGCUGCUUGUAAAAAAAAAAAAAAAAAAAACAGUUGUAAGGAGCAAGACGGUGUCUAUUUUCAAGUUCUGUCCAAUUAAAGCACUGCAUUACCGUCAACCCACUUUCCUGGCAGUUUGUGCGAAAACAUGCUCUUUUUAGUUAGUUUUUUUUUUACGUUGAGAGAGUGGUUGGCAAAAAUACUAGAUUUUUUUUUCGAAAUAGAAAAACUAGUUUAAGAAUUGAAUCUGUAGAAUUCGUGUAAAGGGCAUUUUGUCAUUUCCAUGGUAACUUUUUCUGUUAGUUGGCCAACGAUACCACUAAAUAGCCUGAAUGCUAGACUUUAGCUACACCAUCCUUGUGUCUUUCAUUUAUAGACAAUCAUGGGUUCCUUGUGUUUAUUUUUUUCCCCUUGUCGUUUGUUGCUUUGUUUUUGUCUUUCUUUUAUUUCUUGGUUGAUGUCGUCAAUGUUAUUGCUGUGUAUCUUGAAAGUUGUAUUUAUUUCUCUGCAAACUGUAGUUUGUUUACUGAAUAGCACUGCUCUCAAGCGCCCCCUUAUGUUGAAAUGAAGAAUUUCUGACUGAAAAUUUUGGGGGAAGAGACUCUUCUGGGGUUUGUAGAAAUGUCUGAAAGCCAGAUAGUAUUACAUGUAUCACCACAUCUUAUACUUCUAAUAAAACUGGUAAAUGAAAUAGAUAUUACUUAGGUUUUUUUGUAUGACAAUUUAUUGAUUCAACUGUAAAAUAUAAAAAAUGAGAAAAUAGAGGAAAAAAAAGAAAAGAAGAAUAAAAACAGCUGAUAUUAUUUCUUCAUAAAACGCAUGAUUGGUCCAAGCUGUACCUGACAUUUUCUAUGGUUGUCUGCAAGCUUGUGUGACAUUUGGGUCCAUGUUGAUUUCUUGUGCCAAACCUAGGAGAAAUGCCAGAUUUUGUUUAUCCUCACGAGGUGAAGGACCGGAUCUUUCCUAUUUCACUUUGUUUGUUUUUUUUGUCGAUGUUUAUAAUCCCAUUUUUAAAAGUAAUCAGUGAGUUGAGGUACUUCUGUUUUAAUGCUUUCUACAAUGUAACUGUAUUGCAUUAUAAUUCAAUACUGUGGGAGGAGUUACUGAGAAAUAAAAAAAAAAACUCCUAUGUUGGCGGACUGUGCACUCUCA